AUGUAUGUUGGCAGAAGACCAACAAGACAGGCACGCGCAAUUCGGGGCCCACGCUCCGCUUUGACUGAUUUCCUUGCAUCAAAUAAUAUCUCAGCACAGCAAAUUCAAGAUGAAUAUGCCAAUCGCCAAGCUGAGGCAGCACGCCAAGCGGAAACCGAAGGGCAGCGUCAGUCUGCCGAUCCUAGUGUAGAGCAAUCCAGAUCUCCAUCGGAGCCCAACUCACCAGAAGACCUGAUAAAAAAGCGCAAGCGGCAGCAAGCCAUUGCAAGAAUCAAAAACAGCAAAGAAUUUGCCAAGCGCAAGGCUCGCCACCAUGGGGAUGAGGACCCUGACUAUGACGACGAGUUCCUUGCAAACCAGAUCCAUGAAGAGCGAACGAGACCACAGCCAGGUCAAUUGGCAAAUUGUGAGAUCUGUGAAAAGCGUUUUACUGUGACCCCCUACAGCAAGAACGGUCCAGAUGGGGGUCUACUUUGCCCUGAUUGCUCGAAAAAGCACAAGGAUAACGACAAGAAGCCCCCGGCUAAGAAGCGUGCCACGGGGAACAUUGGUCGACGACAGGGUCAAACCAACUUACUGGAUGGCCUCACCCCCCACGGAACCCAAAGUUUGUUGGAAACAUGCAUCAAGAAAGUUGCAGAUUACAUUCAUGACGUUGAGGACUUCGGUGACUUACCCCCGUCAUUGCUGCUACGUCUUGGGCAGAUCUUGUCGAGAAGACGGGCCGUGACUCCAAAGACUCUGGAUCUUUUCCUUCGACCUCAGUACAAAUCUAUUGAUUUGUUUGACUGUGCCAAAUUGGACACGGAUGACUUCCACAAGAUCCUAGCUUCGAUGCCUCGCCUCACCCGAGUCAAUCUUCGAUUCACCACUCCAAUGAAGGAUCAAAUAUUUGACUAUAUGAUGGAUCGCGAUAUGGAUAUCCAAGACCUUCAUUUGGACGGACCAAAUCUGGUUACCGAUGCCUGCUGGCGCCGACUGUUCAUGAAACUUGGCCACAAAUUCCAGAGCCUGAAACUCUGGAACCUGGAUUCUGCGUUUGAUGACGAGACGGCUAAAGUGAUGUGCAAUCAUUGUCCUAAUCUCAAGCGAUUGAAGCUCAAGUUCCUCCACAAAACUGGAAAUGGGACGCUCGAGGCAAUUUCUACCCUCACGCAGCUUCAGCAUCUGUCACUGCAUUAUCUGACAGAGGCCGAGACUGACCCUAAGCAUCUCCUGGAAAUCAUCACAAGUGUUGGUCCUCGGCUGAAGACACUGUCUCUUGAGGAAUUCGACCUUGCCGAUGACAGCCUUCUUCAGCACAUCCAUGAACAUUGUCAUACCCUGAUCAAGCUUCGUCUGUCCAAGAACAACACUUUUACCGACAAAGGCCUCGCCGCCUUGUUCACAAAUUGGCCCAACAAGGCACUUACCUAUGUGGACAUGAACUCUCUCCGAGAUGUCGACAUGGCCAAUCCCUCUGGCCCAGAGGAGCCUAUUGGGCUUGCAUCGGACGGUUUUGUGGCAUUAAUGGCACACUCAGGCUCGAAGAUUCAACAUUUGAACAUUGCCUCAUGCCGCCACAUCUCAUACAAGGCGUUCGAGCAGGUCUUUGCAGAGGGCAAAGUCUACCCCGAUCUUAAGUAUCUUGACAUCUCUUUCAGCCCGGCGGUUGACGACUACCUUGCACAGUGCAUCUUUCGAUCUUGUCCAGCUCUCCAGCGGCUGAUUGUCUUUGCUUGCUUCAAGAUUCGUGACGUGCACAUCCCUAGGGAACUCGCUGUCAUUGGUACCGUGGGGGCCAAUAUUAAGAUCGAUGGAAUCACUCAGACCGAGACUAUUUAA